AUGGCUUUAGCAGACAGGCGACUUGAGAACUUGCAGAUCUACAAAGUUCUUCAGUGUGUUCGGAACAAAGACAAGAAGCAGAUAGAGAAGUUGACCAAGCUUGGAUACCCUGAACUAAUCAAUUUCACCGAACCUGUCAAUGGCCACAGUGCGCUGCACUUAGCUUCGGUUUCCAAUGACAUUGACAUGGUCACCUUUCUCCUUGAUCUUGGUGCUCGCCCUGAUGUGCAAGACCGAAUGGGCUGCACUCCGACUAUGAGAGCUGCAGAGCUGGGCCAUGAAUUGUCAAUGGAAAAAUUAGCCAAGGCAAAGGCUGAUAUGACUAUAGUUGAUAAUGAAGGAAAAGGUGUUUUAUUUUACUGCAUUUUACCUACUAAACGGCACUAUCGUUGUGCUCUGAUUGCCCUCGAACAUGGUGCAGAUGUCAACAAUGCUACAUACGAAGGAAAGCCAGUAUUUCUUAGAGCUUGUGAAGAAGCACAUGAUGUGAAAGACAUGUGCAUGACAUUUUUGGAAAAAGGAGCCAAUCCAAAUGCUAUCAACUCAUCCACAGGUCGCACUGCUUUAAUGGAAGCAUCACGAGAAGGAGUAUUGGAACUAGUUCGAGGGAUACUGGAGAGAGGAGGUGAUGUGAAUGCAUAUGACAACGAAAGACAUCAUGCUGCACAUUUUGCUGCCAAAGGAGGCUAUUUUGAUAUAUUGAAGCUUCUUUUUGCCUGCAAUGGAGAUAUGGGGCUGAUUGCAAUGAAUGGGAACACACCACUUCAUUAUGCUGCCAUGGGUGGUUUUGCAGAUUGCUGUAAAUAUAUAGCUCAGCGAGGAUGUGACCUGAAAUGGAAAAACUUAGAGCAUAAAACCCCUAGGGCUCUGGCUAAGGAAGGCGGCUUCAAAGCAGCAAGCAAAGAAUUACGCAAAGCAGAGAAAAUCGCUAAUAAACUCGCCAGGCCAGGAGCCAAAAAUCCUAAUCCACUCUGGGCCAUGAGACUCCAUGAUUGGUCCAUAGAGCAUGAGGCUUUCCUUAGGGAAGCCUUUUCAUUUGUGGACAAAGGCGAUGGGACAGUCAGCAAGGAGGACUUCGUGGUGGCACUGGAGGAGAGACAAGAUUUUGCGAACUCGGAACAGCUAGCUAUCAUAGCACAACUUCAUGAGAAAUCCCGGGGAGGAGGGGUUAACAUUAAUGAUUUCUUUAAAGGAACAAGGUACUUAAGCAAGACUUAUGUUUUGGGAUCCUAUGCGCCUAAGAAGAAGAGAAAAGGGAUAGGCAAAAAAGGAAGGAAAGGCAAAUUUGUUUUGCCUCUCCCAAUCUGCGUCAUUCCAGAGACUGCAUUUCCACUGCGGAAAGAUGGUGGGCUGCCAUAUUAUAUGAUUGAAACCUACAAGAAUGUAACUGAUUGCAAUCGCUUCAACCGAGACAAUCCUCCUGCACAUCCCAUUCAGGAUGACUCAGCUUGGUACAUUGAUGAUCCAGCGAAAGAAUUUGCAAAUAUUAAUUUUAUCACCAAGGCAGGGGACCUGGCUUCUCUGAAAAAAGCAUUUGAAUCAGGAAUCCCGGUGGAUAUGAAGGAUAAUUAUUACAAAACACCACUCAUGACUGCUUGUGCAAAUUAUAAUUCUAAAUUUAUGUUUCAAUCAGGGCAUAAUGCCAUGGCUGUUGCAAGAGCUUAUGCUGAUUACAGAAUAAUUGAUCUGAUUAAAGAAAAGAUAGAUAACAUGCCAAAACCAGCAGAAAAUCAAAAAGUAAAAGGCAAGUCACCUGUUAAACCAAAGACUGAAGGCACUGAAAUUAAGAAAGAGGAGGAACCACUUUAUUCAAUUUACACUGUACCGACAAUAUCAGAGGACAAGAAAGUAUGUAAGGAUAACGUGGUUUAUCUCAAUUCUUUGAUUACUAGUGGUUAUACCAAGAAAGUGGAUAUCAUGUUUGUUCCACGGAGGAUUUGGAGUCCUGAGGCCACUACAGCAGAGCUGAUCAGGAAGAGAGAACUGCUGCGGGAACGGUUCACUUACGAGGUGGACUUUGAGGAUUUCAUGAUGCCCUUUCAGAAGAACAUCACAGAGAGAGCUCGGGCAUUGGAAGCUUCCUUCAAGAUGUAA